AUGGCAUUAAGUAGUAUGAGGAACCUUAUAACUCGAGCUAAGAUAUUGAUAGCCAGCAAAAGUGGAGUCAUGCGGAUUUAUCACUGCCCAGAAGAAGCCAAUGAUGAGUCUUUGCCUUCUGAAUGGUAUGAGAAAGCUUUCUCAAAAUUAACAAAAUUGAGCCACUUGCUUAAGCAUGUGGACUUUGUUGAUAGUAAGCUAGUCAAUGUUAAUGACUGCUCAAGAGUUUAUGAUGAGAGCUUAGAACAAAAGAUGUCUACUUUUAAAUCACUGGCUAGGACCAUUAUUGGGUGUCCGUCAAUGCAAGAAAUGAUUAAGAAAAAUGUGAUGGAAGCAUUAGCUGAUACACAAUACGACCAGCCUGUGUAUUUCAGUAAAGCUAGCAAGAGGGAAGCGAUUGCAAUUGAUUCCCUCACAAAAAAGUCGAACUUAUUGAAUGUUUCUGCACAACAAAGGAAGCUUGUCAGGCAAUCGAUAUGUGCACAGGUCACAAAGUAUCCGAUAUCGACAGGGGCACUCGAGGAGAUACUUAGUGGACUGAAGUCUGAGAUAGAUUUUCCAAAUAGUAGGUGUCCGAGUAAAGAAUUUAAUAUGGUGCAGCAAAUAGUUACAAUUUGUCAAAAGUUUUUAGAAAGUGCCACUUCUUAUGACCCUGAAUCCACUUCAUGGAUGCGCCUUGCACCUGCAAAGGGCGCAGUCACUCACUUCUCACGGGUGGGAAGUGAAAGUACAAGAGGGGGUGAAUUGUAG